AUGAAGAUUACUAGGCAAGCCAAAGUUCUUAUUUCAAUCGGCCUCUACAAAGAGGAUGUCCUUUGUGAUGUUACUCCAAUGACCGCAUGUCAUGUGCUUCUUGGCCAACCAUGGCAAUCCGAUAAAGGAAUUAUCUAUGAUGGCAAGACUAACAAAGUUAGAUUUUAUGACAAGGGCUACAAGGUAAUGAUUCCUUCUUUUCCAUUGAAGGAGGUUCGAAAAGAUCAAAAAAGUUUGCGAAGGAAGAUUCAAGAAGCUGAAAGCCUUAAAAGAGCUAAAGGAAAAGAAGUAUUCAAAGAGGAAAAGAUAGAGUUGACUUCUAAGGCUUCCAACAUCCUUCUUUCACUUACCGAUUUUCAACGAGAAGUUGGUGACCUAGAUCAUCAAAAUGGGGGUUGUUUUAUGUGGUUAUGCAAAGAUUUAUUUCAUUCUGAUAAAGAUAAUCUACUCACUAAUUUUUCCAUUUCCUUUGCUAGGAUGCUUGAAGAGAUGAAGGAUUUAUACCCGGAGGAACUACUAGAAGAACUACCUCCCAUUCGUGGGAUAGAGCAUCAAAUUGACUUCAUACACCGUGCUUCAAUUCCAAAUAGUCAUGCGUAUCGGUGCAACCCAGAUGAGAAUAAAGAGAUUCAAAAACAAGUCCAAGAACUUCUUGAGAAUGGAUGGGUUCGGAAUAGCUUAUCACAAUGUGUUGUUCCUGUUAUCAUUGUCCCCAAUAAUGAUGGAAUAUUGAAGAUGUGUGUGGAUUUUAGACUGGUGAAUGCGAUUACAAUUAAGUAUCGACACCCAAUCCCAUGCCUCAAUGGCUUGCUUGAUGAGAUCAAUGGAGCGAGAAUUUUCUCCAAGAUUGACAUUCGGAGUGGAUAA